AUGGGUGUUCCCUCUUUUUUUCGAUGGCUACAAAGGAAGUAUCCAUUAGUAGUAUCUAGAGUUCUUGAAAGUGAUGUAGAUGUUGAUCCUUUGGAGUCUAAUCCAAAUACAAUUGGUUCCCAAGAAUUUGAUAAUUUAUAUAUUGAUAUGAACGGCCUAAUCCAUUCAUGCUUUCAUCCAGCUGACAGAGAACAGCCCAAAAACAUCGAAGAAGUUUAUGAAAAUAUUAAAUUAUAUCUUAAACGCAUUUUCAAUAUUGUUCGGCCAAGAAAAUUAUUAUAUCUCGCAAUUGAUGGUGUUGCCCCACGUGCCAAAAUGAACCAACAGCGAUCUAGAAGAUUCAGAGCAGCAAAAGAUUCAGAAUACAACCGAAACAAGAAUUUUCAAGAAUUAAUUACACUAGGCAAACAAAAAGAAGCAGAAAAAAUCAUGAAAGAACAAUACAUUCAAGAUCAUGACAGUAAUAUUAUUACUCCAGGUACAAAAUUUAUGUGUGAUUUGUCCCAAAUUUUGAGGUCUUUCAUUUCAGAAAUGCAGAAUACUUCACCAGCAUGGUCAAACAUCGCAAUUAUACUUUCUGAUGCAUCAGUUCCUGGCGAAGGAGAGCAUAAAAUAAUGGAAUUUAUUAGAAUUCAAAGAUUAACAGAUGGUUACAAUCCAAACACCCGUCAUGUUAUGUAUGGAUUAGAUGCAGAUCUUAUAUUCUUAGCAUUGGCCUCUCAUGAAGUAUAUUUUUCAAUAUUACGCGAAAACAUUUUUGACAAAAAAGAAAAUGACAAGCCAAUUGGCCCCUCAUCAUUUAUUUUUGCUAAUAUCUUUGUUCUCAGGCAGUAUCUUGAUAGAGAACUUCAAAUUGAUGUUAAAUUUGGUUGGGAUCUUGAGCGAGUCAUAGAUGAUAUAGUAUUUCUAUGUUUUGCAGCAGGAAAUGACUUCUUACCACAGAUUCCUGGCUUCGAAAUUCCAAGAGGCUUUGUCGACCAAUUAUUUGAAAGAUAUAAAAAAUUAUUACCCCAACUGUCAUCAUACAUUACCAACACGGGCGAUGUCGAGAUGAAAAACCUGCUUCCUUUCAUGCUUGGAUUUGACUAUCUCGAGCCAGAAAGUGUUCAUAAUAUUGUGAGUCCUUCUGAAAGAUCAAUUUCGGUAUCGGAGUAUGUUAAUAACUUAUGCAAUGAUGUUAAGACAGAAUAUAAGCCCGAAAAUGACAAAAAACUUGUAACCGCCAAAUUUCAAAAAAAUCAAAAUAAUUUAGAAAUUUACGAUACGAAACGUGACAAGAAAUUUUAUUAUCAGAGUAAAUUUGGCUUUGAAGACGAAGAGAAUAUUAAAAAUGUUGUACAUGAGUACUGCAAAGGCAUGGAAUGGGUAUUGAAGUACUACACGAAAGGUGUUGCAAGUUGGUCAUGGUUUUAUCCAUAUCAUUCUGCACCUUUAGUCAGUGAUUUUGUUUUGUUGGAUUGUGAUGUGAAGAAUGAGUUUGUUUUGGGACAUCCUUUUACUCCUCUGCAGCAGCUUAUGGCUGUUUUGCCACCACAGUCGAGUUGGUGUCUUCCGAAAAUGAUGUGCGAUUUGAUGAAUUCUGAUGAUUCCCCAAUUUUGGAUUUUUACCCGAAAAAAUUCAAAGUCGACCUCGAAGGAGGAACUACGGCUUGGAAAGGACAUGUGUUGAUUCCUUUCAUUGACGCGCAUAAACUUAAGAAAUGCUUGAGAAAUGUGAAUGAUUCUCUCAACGAAGAAGAAAAACAAAGAAAUUCUUUCGGUGUCACGUUUUUGUAUAAUAAAUUGCAAAAAGUAACUAUUCUUGGAACAAUUACUGAAUAUUCUGAAGGAUAUGAGAAUGAAUGCAUCUAUGAGUUACCUCCAUAUGAUAGUAAUGAUCCAAGAAUCAAUCAAAUAUUGGAAGGUGCUGAGAUUCCUUUAAUUAAUUUAGAUUCUCAAAAAAUAAUUGAAGGAAAAAGAGUCAAAACACUCAAACAGAUGUUUAAUCAAACCAAGAAAGAAGAGAAUUUGUUAGUUGUUCCGGGAAUUCCAUUUGAUCAACCUGAAGAUUUCAGAAUUAGAGAAAUGCAGAAGACAAACAGCGUCUCUCACAAGAAAUCAUCAAAGCAAGGCAAAUCAAUAUUCAACUUUUGA